AAAUUUAAAUAUUAUCUACACGUUUGUAUUUUCUAUUGUGGUGUGAAUCGACAACUCUGGACAAAAUAACGAUUAUAUUUUCGACUUUGAUUUUAUUUGUUGACAAAGAAAAUUCGAAGUUUAUGAUUUCUAUUUGCAACUAAAUAAUUACAGUCAGAAUGAAUAGGUACUAGUGGAAACGGUUUGAUAAUUAGUCAUGCCAGGUUUAGAAGAAAGUAUUUCACGCGAUACCAGUCCACCUACGCACAGCCUAAUGUCCGAUGGAAUCGUCUCUGAGCAAGUGAAAAAAUUUUUGUUUACUUCUCGUAAGACUCAGGACAACAUACAGUGCAACGAAAGUUUAGAGAUUUAUAUCCUCGAGUUACUUCAAGCUAAUUAUAGUUUUUAUACAUGGCCUUCUGCACCUGUGUUAGCUUGGUUUCUUUGGGAACAUAAAGAAGAACUUAUUGGGAAGAGAGUUUUAGAACUUGGUUCAGGUACAGCUCUUCCUGGAAUUUUAGCUAGUAAAUGUGGUGCUAUUGUAACUUUAAGUGAUUCUGCUAGUUUUCCUAGAAGUCUGCAGCAUAUAAGAAGAAGUUGCGAAUUAAAUGGUAUCUUAUCUAAAGUUCAAAUUGUUGGCAUUACAUGGGGUCUAUUUUUGUCUAGUUUAUUUUCAAUUGGGCCAUUAGAUUUAAUUCUUGGUUCUGAUUGUUUUUAUGAACCAGCGUUAUUCGAAGAUAUAGUUGUUACGGUAGCAUUUUUAUUAGAAAGAAAUCCAAAUGCAAAAUUCUUGUGUACCUAUCAUGAAAGAAGUGCAGAUUGGUCUAUAGAACAUCUAUUAAAUAAAUGGAAUCUUACCUGCACUCAUAUAUCAUUGGCUGGACUCGGAACAGAUUCUGAUAUAAACAUACAUGAAUUAAUGCAAGAUCAUACAAUUCACUUAUUAAGUAUACAGCGUGCAGCUUAAGUGUCUUUUGCCAUGAUUCCAAGAUAUUUAAUUUCUAUACGUAAUAUUCCAUGGACUGUUUCUCACUCCCAACUUGAAGGAUACUUCUCAAAAUUUGGUAGUGUGAGAACUGCAAAAGUUAUAUUUGACAAAUAUGGUAUAAGCACAGGUUAUGGAUUUGUAGAAUUUUAUGAUAAAGUAGUAGCAACCUCUGUGCUUAACAAAGAUCAUGUUUUGGAUAAUGGAAAAUUAUCUAUUAUUAAUGGUCUUCAAUAUUUGCACGAAGACCCUGUUAAAGAGUUUGUAGAGCAACACAUAUUAGAUGCUGAUACAGACAAUAAAAAAAUAAUCACAAUUAAUAUAAAUCCUAUUAUUAACCAAGCCUUUGAUCAUAGUUUAUUAAAGUAAAUAAUAUAAACGACAUCAAAAUGAAUCUUGAAAAAACGUUCAAUAAAGCAACAAUCUAUUUACAGUCACUGGCAUCAGAAUUAAAUUCCACAGAACUCUUAAAAUUCUAUGCUUUAUAUAAGCAGGCUACAAUUGGACCAUGUAAUAUUUCAAAACCCAAUUGGUAUCAAAUGCAAGCAAGACAGAAAUGGGACGCAUGGAAAAGUCUUAAUGAUAUGAGUUGUGAUGAUGCUAUGAAUAAUUAUGUACUUGAACUAUCUAAACUUAAUCCAAAUUGGGAA